AUGGCGGAGAACCUGGCAUCAGACGAUAGUUCUGAGGACGAAAAUGUUAUGUUUACCAGUGAAUCCGCCACAACAGAUCUUAUAAUCGUAGUCGAGGAUAAGAAGAUCUUUGUUGAACGGAUUGUCCUGGCGUUAUCGUCGCCUGUUUUCUGCCGCAUGUUUCAUUCAGAUUUCAAGGAGAAGUCUGCACAGGAGAUCCCUCUCCCGGGCAAGAAAUACAGAGACUUUGUGGAAUUUCUUCUGUGUAUCUACCCCUCGACGAUGAAACAGAUCGACAAGGACAACGUGGAUGUCGUCUUGUCCUUAGCAGACGAGUACCAAAUGGAACAACUGAAGAAACGUUGCGAGACGUACCUGUUAUGCCGAUGCGAGAAAAACAACCCUUCGAACAGCGAUCUCGCUCAUAUACUCUACCUAUCCGAUCGGUACUGUUUGAGAAAGGCGUUUGAUAAAUUUGCAAGCAUGGCAGUUUACAGGCCAACAUACGUAAUGAAGUCCUACUCUGACUUCAAUUCGCUGAGCGGAGAUGCUAAGGCCGAUAUUUUGUUCCGACGCCUGGAACUGAUAGAACGCCCUUCAAGAGAAAUUCUUCGACAUCUACCCGGAUUAAUCACGGCCAUCCAGAACAGCUCGCUCGACUGUGGACGGAAUCACAAAGAGCGGGUGGCAAGCGGCAGGUGCUUGGAAUGCAUCACCUCCAUCCUGAACGUCAACAGCAUCGAGUGUUUGCGACAGCUUCGACAAUGUAAAUCCCUCACCGAUAAACUGGUAUCUGCUUUCAAGGACGAUAAUACGUAUGUUGUCAAGAAGAAGGUAGCGAUUGCUGACAUGCCGAAUGUGUAUCGACCUCUCUAA